AUGUCCGUUGCGUCCUCACGCGCUCAAUCGCUAUCACCGCGAAAGCGACCCACCCGCGCCUCCAAGACGCACCUGACACAAGCGGGAUGCUACGUCUCCGAGCAGUGUGUGUUGGAGGGCACAAUCGUACUUGAGCGCGGAUGCGUCCUGCACCCAAAGGCCGUCAUCAUCGUCGCCCCAACCUGUACCGUGACCUUCGGACCCGGCUGCGUCGUCGAGGAGAACGCCGUGCUGCACUUCCCCGGUCCCGGCAACGCUACGGUCGGACAGGGCAAUGCGUUCCAGGUCGGCUGCGCCGUUGACUUGGUCCCCGACGUCGUGCCGCCGAGCUCACCACCCCUCCCCGCCGCCGACGGCACCGUCCCUCCUCCCACGAGCAGCGGCGUCGUGCCCAGCAUAGGCGAGUGGAACACCUUCGCGCCUAGGAGCCGCGUGAAGAGCGUCCGCGUGGGAGACUGGUGCACCUUCGGCCCUGGGACUGCGCUGCGCCCCGACCAUCCGCAGCUCGAAGUGGAGGACGCGGGGAGUAGGCGAUGGAAGGCGGUCCCGAGCCAGAGUGUAGUGUACGGCGCGACGAGUAGGAUACGGCACUGGGACGGGAGCGGGAAGGAGCAUGAGCUGGGCGUCAGGCGCAGCGCGACCGAGUUCCUGCGCGAGAUCAUGCCGAAGCAGCAGAAGAGGGACACGCGCCCGCCACCGCCGGCGAGCACGCCGCAGGCACAGCAAGCCCCGCCACAAGCUCAGACAUGA